CGCCAUUUUCGUUGGUUGGAGCCACUGCUUCUUGCCCGUGUGCCCAGGAAAAGUGUAAAAUUAUUUGGUUUCGUAUAAAAAAUGCAAGUUUCGCAUCCGUAGAAGAAUGGAUAGAUAACGUGGUUCGAUAUUAUUCUCGUCACUUCGCUAAACUGUGCGUCAUUAUGGCGUAAUAAGAAGUUUAGUGUUGUGUGUUAAUGUUGCUCAUUUUCGUCUGCUGCCACCAGCUGCUUGGUGCUACGAAAAAAAUCAACUCCCUGGGAAAUUAACCAUCCACUUCUACGCUUAUUGGUUUAAACGACGCAAUUUCUAAGAUGAGCUCCAGAAACAUACCAGCGGACAAGAUCAACUUGCGGCUCAUACUGGUCAGCGGCAAGACGAAGGAGUUCCUGUUCAGCCCGAGCGACUCGGCCGGCGACAUCGCGCAGACCGUCUUCGACAACUGGCCGGAAGAUUGGGCAGAAGAAGCAGUGGCCAAGGCAGAAAUUCUUAGACUAAUAUACCAGGGACGGUUCCUGCACAGUAACGUGACACUUGGAGCUCUAGGUCUGCCGUUUGGCAAGACGACAGUAAUGCAUCUCGUUCCCAGGGAGAAUCUACCAGAACCUAAUUCACAAGAUCAACGCCAGAAGAGUAAGGGUGGUGGAAGCAGUUGCUGUUCGGCAUCGUGUUGCAUACUCUAAUGUAUUGCAAGAUAACAUUGUGAUGACUUUACCAAGGAUUGGUGCAUUGACAGUUUAGGACAGAAAUGCCUACGUACAUAGUCAGGCACCUCAAGUAUUACUAUUGACUUAAACAAGCAAAGCAGCUCCCCCUGACAGAAGAUAAAGAUCUUGUGAGAUUUCAUAUUGUUGUGAUAUUCAAGUAGCGUAACAAAAAAUUUUAAAAAUGAAGACGAGAGUUUUUUUAGUGGGAGGAUAUGUGAUAGUGGAGACUGAUUGCCCAUCGCAGUGAAAUGUACAGUGAAAGAAAUUAAGUUUCUGUGUUACUUUAUUUUUGUAUUAAAAUUCUAAUAUUAAUCUUCUCAAUUCCUAUUCUUUUAUGUACCAUAAAUAUUAUGGUAUAAUUUUACUCAUCAGAUGUAUGUUAUACAGAUUACCUAUGUUACAGGACUUAUAUAUAGAAGGAAUGUGAUUUUCUUUCAUUCUAAGAAGAAAAUUCUUUGCACUACAUAGUUUCCUACUCAUUGUUAGAAUAACUCAACAGAAACUGCUGGUAAUUGUACAGAGAGCAUCUUAUUACCAGCAAGUGACUUUGAGUGUCAGACAUUUACAUUUUAUCAUGUGCUGUUGAUGUGAAUAUGGAUACGAUACUGCUGAAUUUCUUCAUGAAUAUGACCGGUGUAGCGUAGCUUCUAAUAAGAAUCUGUAGCUGUCAGAAGAAUAAUGGCACACAAAUUCCUUAUGUUGAUUCCUGCUUUGUUUAACUACUGAUUUAAAUUUGUAUGAAAGGAUCAGUAUUUUAAUGGUAUUGGAAGAAAACUUUUCUCAUCAUUCCUAAAUGCAGAAGAUAUAUUUUCUGCUGAUAUUUUUGUUUUGCUUCCAGAGAAAUGACAUAAGUACCAUUUGUUAUACUAAGAUUUAUUUGUAUUUAGGAAAUUGUGUAGGAACUAUCAUUACCCAUAAUGCAUGUUAACAUCCCAAAUCCUUCUUGUGGUUACUUGGGCACAGAAGUGAGAAGCAAGAAUGUUACUCUGAUAAGCUAAAGAAAAAGAAGCAUACUGUGUAAUGAGGGGAGAAAGGAAGAAAAAAAUGUGUCCCACGAUUUCCAUUUGAAAUGCACUUCAAAUAAAUAUAUCGAACUUAUUGGAAAUAUUUAUGCAUUAACCUGUAUAUUAUAAAACAUGGUUAAUUAAGUGUGACAGUAAUUUUAUGUAGUUUAUACUUUUGUUGAAUGAAAAUACUUUUAAAAUGAAUAUAAAUUUCAGUACCUUUUGAAGGUAAUGCAACUAGUGGCCUAUGUUACAAAAAGUUUGUUUAAAUCAUUGUUAACAUUAUCCGUCAUAAUUCACAUAGAUAUUCUGUUACAUGGAGAAUUGGUCCAUGAGUAUAUUUAAAAAAAAAAAGAAACCAGUUCGUAAAUAUAAGAGAGUGGAUAUAUCAUAUAUAUAUAUAUAUAAAGAAACACAGAUAUAUUAUCAGUUAAAGUUGUAUCUUUAUCUGCAUGAUAUUUCCUCUUACUAUAUUAAAUUGUAAUUUUUCUAUAGAAUUCAUAAUACAGAGUUUAUUUUGUUGGGCUGUAGCGGCUUCAGCUUAUGUACGGGUACCCAAGAUACCACACUUUCUUUCUUGCUAUUUGUGUAUUGGAAAUUUAAUUGCAUUUUGGAUUUGUAAUUGCCCAGUACUCUUCGCUCUUGUCAUUAAGUGAAAAAGCCAUAAUACAGACACCAAGAAAAGAUAUUUGGGAGAUAUAAAGCAUGAGUAAUUUAAAAGCUUCUGCAUUAAUAGUUGAGGCUGUGUGUACAAUUUCCUCAUGCUUUUUGUAUGUUUAUGCUAUAUAGCAACGAAGCAGCACAUUACUACAAACAUCUUUGUUUCAUAUGAUGUAUGUUGUACUCUAGUUUCUAUUGUAAAUAUAGUAACUAAUGUAUUUUUUGUUACAUUACGACAUAUAACUCCUCAGUGAGGGGAUUUUAUUCUGCAGAGAUGGAGUAGUAUUAUAGAAUAAAGUUGAGAUCACAAACACA